GCCCCUCUUUCUGUCUCUCUUUCUCUCUCUAGAAGUCUAGGGUUUUCUACCCCAUGGAUCUCUAGCAUUCAUUUCGACACCAAUUCAUGGCUCGCUGAUUUUUCUUUUAACAAUUCCUUCACCCCAUUUUCCGGACUGUUUCUGAUUUUCCACAAUGGAGGUUGAGGGGAUGGAAGAGGUAAAAAAUUCUGAGAAUCAUAUGACAUCAGCUGCAGCUUUUGUUGAAGGAGGAGUGCAAGAAGCUUGUGAUGAUGCUUGCAGCAUAUGCCUUGAAGCAUUCUGUGACAGUGAUCCUUCUACGUUGACUAGUUGCAAGCAUGAGUUUCACCUUCAGUGCAUUCUUGAAUGGUGCCAGAGAAGCUCUCAAUGUCCAAUGUGCUGGCAAUCAAUUAGCCUGAAGGAUCCAACCAGUCAGGAAUUGCUUGAGGCUGUAGAACGGGAGAGGAAUAUUAGGCUUACUCCACCAAGAAGUGCAAUAUUUCAUCAUCCCACCCUUGGGGAUUUUGAAUUACAGCAUUUACCAGUGGGCACAAAUGAUCCUGAACUCGAAGAGCGAAUAAUUCAGCACUUGGCUGCUGCUGCUGCUAUGGGAAGGGCUCACCACAUUGCUCGAAGGGAAGGCCAGAGGAGUCGUUCAUCUGCUCAUGGGCGUUCACACUUCUUGGUAUUCUCAACUCAUCCUAAUGCAACUGCUUCAAGUCCUGUUCCUGCCUCUCUGGCUCAGGUAGGAGAAAAUGAACCAGCUGCAAUAACUGUAGCUAGUCCAUCUAUCCCACUUCCAGCUGGUGGGGAUGAACCAUCGCAGGAAAUCCCACAAUUUCCAUCUGUUCAAACUGAUCACAUGUCUGCAUCAGCAUCCAGAUCUGCUGUCACACCACGACGAAUUUCCUUUAAUAAUCGCAGCUCUGCAAGUCAAUCCUCACCUCCAGAUCAAGAUAGAGCAGGACCUUCUGAGUUACAGUCCUUUUCAGAAUCCCUGAAGUCUCGACUUAAUGCAGUAUCAAUGAGAUACAAAGAGUCGAUUUCAAAGAGUACAAGAGGGUGGAAGGAGAGGCUGUUCUCUCGUAACAAUUCCAUGGCUGACCUUGGUUCUGAAGUUCGGAGAGAGGUGAAUGCUGGAAUUGCUAGUGUAUCUCGCAUGAUGGAGCGUCUUGACACCAGGGAAAAUAAUGGGGCCGGCCAGGCUUCUGUAUCAAAUCAUCUGGCUGAUUCUGUUACGGAGCAGAGUAACCAGAAUGAGAGAGAGACUCCUGAAAACCCUCUGAACGACAGCAAUACACCAGCUGCUUGUGCUGCAAGCUCGGGUUCAAAUUAAGUUGUCGGACAUUGUUUCAGCAAUUGCAUCUGUCCUCAGCAUUUCAUCUUUGGAGGUUGUUCAAUCCUUUUCUCCGGAUAUGACAUGCUGAGGAGAAGAUGCAUUGCAUUUAUAGGGCAGAGUGCAUAUGGAAAGAACCAUGGUGGUUGUGGUGGUCUAAUUCAGAAUAAAAGAUAAGGUGCUGAGAGAGAGAAUGAGAGAGCUUCCAUUUGGACAGAUUCAUAAAUUGGGUAUUUGCUUGUAAAUUUGUUUAUACAUAUUACCCAGAGAUUUGAGUACCAAAUGCAUUUAUCUAAUGUCUGAAUGGGUAUAAUUUCGUGCAGAUAUUUGUGUUGAAUAUUAAUAAAUCAGAGGGAAAAUUAGGUGCCAGAACUCUAGGAACCUAAUUGCGCCCAAUAUUGUUAUAGUA